AUGAAAGAUAUUAGAAAUCAUCAAAUUUCUAAGGUAAAUACAGUGGUAGAAUAUAUUGCUGACAAUGAAAUGUAUUUGAAUCACAAAAACAACAAAACUUUUAUUCAAAUCAUUGUUGAAGCAAACUAGAUGAAGAGAGAAAGAGUAUUACAAAGUUAUAAGCGGCAUUAAUAAAACAGAGUGUAUUUAUCAUUUUAUGUUAAAAUAAAUUUAGAUAUGCUUAACGAGAUACUGGGUAGAUUAUAUUGUUCCAUUAGAGUGAAAUCAGAUGGCUCUGUUCACCAUUUCUUCACGAUUCUAUUGCUGGUCUUCUUGAGGGCUUGA